AUGCCCGGCAACCUUGCUGGUGGCAGCAACCCCACGCCGCCGCCGCCGCUCAACAUCACCGCCAUCUCGGCCGCGUCCAACGCGUCCACGCUCGAGUGCUGGCAGUUCGGCCCCCUGCCCGCCGCGUCGGCGCCGGGCGUCUCUGGCGCGGCGGCGCUGCUGCUUCUGGGCGGCGCCGCGAGCAGCGUCAGCUACACCGUCCUCCCCGACGCGCCGCGCCUGCAGCUCGUCGUAUUCCUGUGGGGGCUGGCGCGCAUCACGCUGCCGUCAUCAUCGGCCGACGGCAACGACACCGCCGCCAGCUUCGACGUCAGGGGCGGGCGGAACGGCAUCAUCGUCGCCGCCGACACAAGGGACGUGUCCGGGCUGGGCCACACGACCGACUACCCCGGCGACGAGCCCACUGUUGUCCUGCAGAUGCCGAUAGCUGCGGGCCGGCUGGGCUUUGGGAGGUAUUCGGUUUUGCAUGAGGGGCCCUGUACCGAGGAGAUGUCUGGGCUUUGAUCUGGUGAACUAGCGCGAUCUGUUCAAGAAGUGGCUUUUUCCGAGUAAAUACUU